CUUCCGCACGCGCUCUUGCCGUCGCCCGCCGCUCUUGCGGCCUGUGGAGGGACGAUCCACUCUUUGCUCUCGGCGACCCUGACUGCGCUCCUCUGUCCGACCCCAUGUUCCCGACGUGGGGUCUGUACGGGGCGGCCCCGGGGCCUUACCCGCCGCCGCCCACCCUGAUGCCGCCCCCACCGCUACCUGGGCCACCGCCGUCUGUGCUGUCCGCCUCCCUGCCGCCGCAGGUCUCCGUGGUGCCGCCACCGUAUGCGGCCUCCUCGGCAGCUCCAGCCGCUGCCCCGGGGAGCGGCGCGUCGGGCUUCCUGAGCCUGCAGGAGCAGCACCUGGCCCAACUCCAGCAGCUCCAGCAGAUGCACCAGAAACAGUUGCAGUCGGUGCUGCUGGGGGGGCCCCCUCCGCCUGGGGCGCCCCCGCCCAGCCUACCGCCACCCCCCCUGCCCAGCGCCUCGGCCCCCACCGCCUCCUGGCAGCCGCCGGUCCCUGCCGGCCCACCCCCCGCCCGCACUUACCCCAAGCAGUUCAAACACCGCGACCCACCGCCGCCGCCCCCUCCCCGCGAAGCGCAGUUGCGGAACCCCCCUAUGCCCCCACUUCCCCGGACUGAGGAAACAGCAGAGCCCCCUCAGGCCCCCCAGGACUGGGAGGUCGCAGCCUCCCCGGGCAACCCCGACAUGGAUAUGGACAUGGACUUGUCCUCCCCACCGCAGUCGCCCUCCCAGUCCUACAUGGCCCCUCUCGAUACUGACCCUUACACCCUCUCCUCUCAGCUUCUGCCCUCCCAGACCCACAGCCCACCCCCUCAACCUUACCAGGCCCAUUCCCAGUUGCCUCAGACCUUCUCAGAACAGGCGUUCUCCGAACCAGCCAUUUCUCAGUCUUACUUGCCUCUCUCUCAACCUUACCAACCUUCUUCCCAGUCAGUCCAGUCCAGUGCUCCUUCCAUCUCCCCGUCUGAAUCUCACUUCACUACAUCCCAGAUCUCACAGUCUGCUCCUGAAGCUCAAGAGUUCAGACAAGGUGGUGGUGAGAACACAGAUAACAGGUGUGAGCGCCUACAAAGCACCUCCCAUGCAGACCUUUCUACAAUGACUCCUCAGGAACAGCAGCAAUAUUGGUAUCAACAGCAUCUGCUUACUCUGCAGCAGAGAGCAAAAGCACAUGCGCUGGGACAGCAGCUGCCACAAGAUCUAGGCAUUGCAAAUGAUACUCCUGAGCAAAAGCAAGAAGAAAGGGAAAUUUCUCUUUCUGACCAGCUUUCUGACCAUUACGAACCCCUAUUACCACAUCCUAAAGAUGAUGACCUUCCUUUGUCAUCUGUUGAACCCAAGCUGAACUUUGAACCACCAGAGGAUCCUGAGGAAAAUUUGAGGUUGCAGCAGUUGCAGGCAGCAGCAACCCAAUGGCAGCAGCAUCCACAGCAGCGAGUGGGCUUCCAGUACCAGAGAAUUAUGCAAAAGCAUGCACAGUUGCAACAAAUUCUUCAUCGUUAUCAGCAGAUCAUACAACAACAACCACUUUUGCCUACAAUGUCAGCAGAGAUGCAGCUACAGCAUUACGAGACACAGCAUAAAAAAUUCCUACCACUUUAUAAAGAGUGGGAACGUGAAUUUCAGCAGUGGCAGGAUCAGCUCCAGGCCUAUCCUCACAAGGACCAGCUUCAUGAAUGCGAGAAACAGUGGAAGAUGUGGCAGGGGCAGAUGAAAGUCACUCAGAACCACUUGCAGGAGAAAGUGAAAUCCCUUCGGAAGAUGAACAGUCAAUAUACUGGGAGUACAACUGUUCCACCUCAGUUUUCUCCAUAUUCUCAAACUAGUCAAGGUGGGAUGCCCAUUAUGCCCUCUACUUUGCCCUCAGCAACCCUGUCUGUGGCAUCCACCGGGUUCUCUUCUGGCCCUCAUGCAUCUAAUAUAUCUGUUCCCAAAGAAUCUGGUCCUCAGAGCACCCAAAUCACUGAAACUGCAAGGCCAACCGCAUUUCCUUCCUCAGCUGCUUUCUCAUUUAAAUUAGCUGAGUCACCUGCCACUUCCCAUACAACAGAGAUGACCAGACCAGCUCUUCUUCCUACACCCACAUCUCCUUAUACAUUUAAAGCAACAGAAUCACCUGCCACCUCUCAGACAAUGGAUACGACCAGGACAGCUCUCCUUCCUACCCCUGCCCCUAGUUCUCUUUCAUUUAAAAUGACUGAUUCUUCUGGCACUUCCCAGGCCAUGGAGACAGGCAGAACAGCUCUCCUUCCUACCCCUGCCUCUGCUUCCUUUUCAUUUAAAUUGACUGAGUCACCUACCACCUCCCAGGCCAUUGAGACAGCCAGGCCUGCUCUACUUCCUACCCCUGCCGCUGCUUCCUUUUCAUUUAAAUUGACUGAUUCACCUACCACCUCCCAAGCCAUCGAGACAGCCAGGCCUCCUCUACUUCCUACUCCUGCCCCUUCUUCUUUUUCUUAUAAAGCUUCAGAUUCAUCUACCACUUUGCCUUACCACUCAAAUGUUAUGUCAUCUGCUAGUUCUUCUGACCAAGGCAGUUCUUGCGUUCCUCUGGGCAAACAAGCAAUGCCAUUUGGUUCUGUCUCAUCUGAACUAGGCUCCGCUGAAGGAAAGCUCCCUUCUACAAUGUCCUCGUCAUCUGUAGCCACCACCACCACCACCACCACCACCACCUAUCAGAACAAACCAGUGAGAUCAGCUGGGUUUCCUGAAUCUCCCAGAGGGCCUUGCUUUGAUGGUCCCAGGGGUCCAAGAUUUGAUGGACCACGAGGAAGGAACUUUGAGAGAUUUGAAACUCCAAGACAGAGAGGGCCCCAUUUUCAAGGCCAACGUUUAGAAGGGCCAAGGCCAAGGCUUCAAAAUCAGCACAUGGAUGGAUCUUCCAGCAAACAAGGGGCAAUCCCCCGAGGUCCAGCAGCAGCAUUUUAUUCUCCUCCAAGCACAUCACAAACGCAGGCUUCCCAAUCAAGUGGACCACGGUGGCGUGGGUCCACGCCUAUGUUAGGACAGCAGCAUCCUCAAGCAGACAGUAAUGAUCCUUUCAGUGAUGUGGGAAGCAGUCAGGCAGUGGAGGUUCAUUCUAAACCUCCACUAGAUAGAAAAAAUUCUGGUCCACUUCAGCCAGGUAAAGGCCCGUCUAAUGUACACCAAAAUACAUCCAGAAUAGAUGGCAAAGAAGUAACAUCAGAAGCAAAAAAAUGGAGCACCUCAGAGUCUGGGCUGCAGACAGAAGCAUCCAAAGCAGCUGCUCAUCCAUCAUCAGUUUCUACUCAUCCUCCAAAACCAGGAGGGAAGAAAACAUUGCUACCUACUCCCGGACUAGGAAAUAAAGACUUGAACUCCACAGACAGUAAAUUGACUUCAUCUGAAAAUAAUCAGAACAAGGAAUCAUCUAAACUGGACAACAGAGCAAGGACACAAAUUAAGCCUGGAGAUAAUCAAGCAAAAGGACCAGCUGGUAGAGGCAGGGGCCAGAGUAGAAUAGAAGAUACUAGAGGUAGAGGCCAGCCCCGACUAGAAAAUGCCAGGGGGAGGGGAAUGCAGGGUAGAGGUAGAGGUCAGACUAGAGACAUACCUGGCAGAGGCUUAAAUAGUGGGUCAGAAAUCCACGAGAAGCUGCCAGAGGGACAGUCAGGCAGCUGGGAAACAGGAAAGCAGGAGAGAGUACAGGGUCGGCGAUCCAGGAGUCAAGACAGAGGGUUGCCAGCUAGAGAUAGAGAGUCAGGUAAUCGGAUGGGCAGCAGAGAGAGAGGCCGUCCAAGUAGCCGGGAGAGAGAAUCAGUCAGACGGCCUAGUAGCCGGGAGAGGGGACUGGAUCGGCAAGCAAGUAACCGGGAAAGGGGCCCCAGCCGAAGAGCUGGUAGCAGAGAGAGAGGCCCAGAUCGACGACCUACUAGCCGAGACAGAGACCCAGUCAGAAGGCCUGGUAGCCAGGAAAGGGAGCCUCGUAGGCAUGAUGUAGGCCUUGGAGGCAAUACUGAAAAUUUACCUCCAUUUCGUGAGGAACCACACAGGCCUCCGUGGGCUUAUGGGGAUUCAGGCAUAGACGAAAGACAUCCAUUUGAAUACAGAGAUGUUCCUCCAUUAGAGCGCAGACGAUUGGAGGAUUGGGAAAAUGACAGAUACUGGCCUGAUCGUGACCGCCGAUAUCGUGAUGAUCCUCCUGAUCCAUAUGAGAGAGAUGAUUCAAUAGCACAUCGUCGUCCAUUGCCCCCUCUUUCACCUCUCCCUCCUCUUCCUCCUUUACCUCCAUUGUCUGCUGACCUUGACAGACGAGAUCCAUUUUGGGAUGACUGGGAGAGGCCAACAGUUAGAGAGAGGGAGAUGGACAGAGAUCUAGACAGGAUCAGAAGACCUUUGGAUGUAUAUGAUCGUGAAUUUGAAAGAAACUGGGACAGAGAUUACAUAAGACCACUGGGUGACAGAGAUACACUGAGUCGUGAUCUAGACAUACCCCCUCUCCCACCUUUGCCUCCCCUUCCGCCACUUCCUCCUUUGGACAGGUAUCGUGAAGAGCGAUGGCUGGAGGACAGAGACAAAGAUUUCUUCGACCGCGAUCCAAGAGACAGAGGGGAACUCAGAAUCAGAGAGUACCCAGAUACAUGGAGGGAGCCAUCUGAUUUUCCUCCUGACAGGAAUGAUUGGGAGAGGAAAAGACUUUCAGACAAGUGGUAUCCAGAGGACAUGGAUAGAUUUCCAUCUUUAGUGGAUCAUCUGGAACCGCCACCUCUGCCACCACUCUCAUCUGACAUACUGAGAGAAGAGCCAAAUUCAGCUUCUGACCAGUCACUAGGAGGAGUAAUGGUCCUUAGUCAAAGGCAACAUGAAAUAAUCUUGAAGGCUGCCCAGGAGCUGAAAAUGCUAAGAGAACAGAAAGAACAGAUGCAGAAGAUGCAAGAUUUUGUUCCUGAGCAUGAUCUGCCACCACAGGAAAUGGUUCGAGUGCAAAAUACAGCAGCUCCUAGGCAGGAGAGCUUUCAGCCCUCUUCUGAAAUGCCGCCUGAAAUACCACUAGAGGAACAGCCAAUUAAACCAUCUCCAGCUGUAAUUAUAAAGCCACCAGUUUUGUUUCGGAAGCCUACCCCAACAACAAAAGCAUCCACACCUGUAGCAAAGCUUUCUGCCCCAGCUGUGAGGCUACCUGUUCCAGCUGCAAAAGUCCCUCUUCCCAUGGCCAGGCCACCAGGUCCACCAAUGCAGCCAGAUGCUCCAGUUCCCAUUUCAACUUCAGCAGCUACUCAAGUUUCAGCUCCGGUGGUAAAAUCAUCACCUGCUACAAACCAAGAGCGUUGGGAUGAAGAUUCUUUCCAUGGACUUUGGGAUACCAGUGAAGAUAAAGGAAUAAAAUCAGAGUAUGACUUAGCUAAAUUGGAGCCUUCACCAAUCCCAACAUGUGUUGCAUCAGGUAUGCCACAAAUUUCCAAGCCACCCGUUAUUCAUCAAACUGUCGACUACGGACAUGGGCAUGGCCAUGGUCAAGAUAUAACCACCAAUAAAGGUGGACAAAUUCCUUAUGGGGAGCGAAUAAGUCUGCGUCCAGAACCUCCUCAUGAGAGACAGUCUUUUUCAAAAGAGCAUCCAGGCCAAAGAGAUCGAUACAUCAAGGAGAGAGAAGGUUACUUUGAGCGACAGAAUAAUACAAAUGCAGACCAUAGAGAUUUCAGAAGGGAUCGAGAACCAUAUAGGGACCGAGGUUCUGGAGACCACGAACGGGAAAGAUUUGACAAAGAUCGUUAUCCACGAGAAGACAGCAGACCAUCUCCUUCAAGAACUCAAUCUUACCGUGAGAAAGACCAUUCAAACUCAAGAAGGGGGGGAUUUGAAAGACAGUCAUAUGAAAGAAAACCAGAUCGUCCUCCUUAUGAUCAUGGACCUUCCAUGUUUGGAGGUGACCGGAGAAAUUACCCUGAGGAAAGAAUGCCUAUUCCUGCUCCAUCAAUGCCCCGGCAGCCACCGCCUGCACCACGUGUAGAGAAGAAACCAGAAUCUAAAAACGUGGAUGAUAUACUGAAGCCACCUGGACGGGAGAGUAGGCCAGAGAGGAUUGUCAUUAUCAUGAGAGGAUUGCCUGGCAGUGGAAAAACACAUGUUGCUAAGCUCAUCAGGGAUAAGGAAGUUGAAUGUGGUGGAGCCGCACCUAGAGUGCUCAGCCUGGAUGACUAUUUUAUCAUUGAAACAGAAAAAGAGGAACGAGACCCAGAUACAAAGAAAAGAGUGAAAAAGAAGAUUAUGGAGUAUGAAUAUGAAGCUGAUAUGGAAGAGGUCUACCGUGCUAGCAUGUUCAAAACCUUCAAAAAGACUUUGGAUGAUGGGUUUUUCCCCUUUAUUAUCCUUGAUGCCAUCAAUGACAAAGUGCGUCACUUUGAGCAAUUCUGGAGUGCUGCAAAAACUAAAGGGUUUGAGGUCUAUGUAGCAGAAAUAACUGCUGACAACCAGACUUGUUGCAAAAGAAAUGUCCAUGGACGCAAGCUCAAGGAAAUCAACAGGAUGGCCGAUUAUUGGGAGAUGGCACCCCGUCACAUGAUACGUUUAGACAUUCGUUCAUUGCUUCAAGAUGCUGCUAUUGAAGAGGUAGAGAUGGAGGAUUUUGAUGCUAACAUUGAAGACCAGAAAGAAGACAAGAAAGACGCAGAUGAAGAAGAGAACGAACUGGGUUACAUUCCGAAAAGCAAAUGGGAGAUGGAUACUUCUGAAGCAAAACUAGACAAAUUGGAUGGGCUGCGAACUGGUGCUAAGCGGAAACGUGAUUGGGAGGCAAUUGCCAGCAGAAUGGAAGAUUAUCUUCAGCUUCCAGAUGACUAUGAUACCCGUGCUUCUGAACCUGGAAAGAAGAGGGUGAGGUGGGCAGACCUCGAAGAGAAAAAGGAUGCAGACAGAAAAAGGGCCAUCGGUUUUGUUGUUGGACAAACAGAUUGGGAGAAAAUCACAGAUGAAAGUGGUCAUCUUGCUGAGAGAGCCCUCAAUCGCACCAAAUAUAUCUGAUGUGAUUGUUUCAUGGGAUUUUUCAAACUUUUAAGGCCAUUUGCUUUGAUGAGAACUCGCUGAGGAUGGUUUCCCCCCAUCUUGAGCAUUGUGGGGUUUCUUUCUUUUGAAAAUUUUAUUUUGCUGUGUUCUUUGAAAUUUUGACUAGUGAUGUCCAGCAGCCCCAAGUUAUAUGGAAUCCUGUUGCACCUAAAUGUGAAAGAAGGUUUUUGUGUUAAGAUAGUAGUUUUAGCUUUUAUGCGCGCAGUAGGAUGGAAAGAUUAGGCCGAGGACAUUUCCACUGCUGUAUUUGUCACAGGAUAGCUGCAUUUACAUUCAUUGCGUUGUUGCUUUGUGGCUGUUAUUUUAUACUGUACAAACUUUAUAGUUUAUUGUACUACAAAAUGGAACAAUAAACUUUCAUUAUGAACCCAGUGAA